AUUACAGUGACUAGUUCAUUUAAAUUGUGAAAUAUAUCAAACAAGCCAGCACAAAAAAUAAACUGAGAGAGCAAAAUAAGAGAAUUAACAACAAUUGAUUUUGGUGUGCGUGUAGUUGAAAAAAUAAUAGAAAAUAAAAACACAAUUUUUUAGUUAUUUUCGAGAAUUAAGAGGCUACAGGUGUUAAUGUGAGGUAUCGGAAUGGCUGUUUUAUUGAUAUGUAGCAUACUAUUGACUAUUUGUGUAGUCAAAUGGGUGUAUCGUGACAAAACGUUGUAUGAUUUUGCUGAUAAAAUUCCCGGACCUAAAGCAUAUCCUAUAAUAGGUAGUUCACACAAACUGCUUAAACAGAAAGAAGAAGAUAGAUUCAACAUCGUCCAAAAUAUGCUUGCCAAAUACGAGCAGAAUGACAUGACAAGAUUUUGGCUGGGUCCAGUGCUAUUCAUCUUCAUUAACCAUCCAAACUUAAUUCAACAAGUGCUGAGCUCAUCUGAUUGUAUUGAAAAGUCGUUUACAUAUAAAUUCUUGCGACUUGACAAGGGCUUGCUUGCUGCCAAACACGAAUCAUGGGUUCACCACCGAAAGUUCUUAGAAGCAUCUUUCCAGUUGGAUGUGAUCAAAAGCUUCAUCUCUAUAUUCGUGGAUAGUUCAAAUCAAAUGCUGACAUCUCUUGAAGAUCAAAUUAAUGCUGAGCAGAAGAAAGAGCAGCAAAUUGAUGUUUUUAAACUAACCUCUCGCUGUGCAUUAACCAUGGUACUUGCAACGUCAUUUGGCACUAGUGCAUCUGAAGUUCAUUUUGAUGAUGAGAUAUUGAAGGCUGUUGAAGAGUUAAUUAAGAUCAUUUCACUCAGAUGUCAUGAACCUGUUUUGUACUUCGAGCCAGCAUAUCGAAUGACACGAACAUAUUAUCGAGAGAAAAAGUAUCGAAAGCGUUGCUGCUACUAUCUAGAUCAGGUCUUGAAAGAACGACGUGAGUUCAUCUUACUUAAUAAUAAUAUGAAAACAUCAGCAUCCACAAUGACAAUGAAAACAGAUGUUUCAAGCCUAAAAGAUAUUGAUGAAGAACUAGGCAUCAUGAAUUUAGAUGCAAGUAGCACAAACAGUCCUAACAGCAGUUUUAUUGAUCACUUGAUUCUGCACAGCAGUAACGAGUUUACCGAUGAAGAAAUUCAUGAUCACAUCUACACAUUCGUUGCUGCAGGUUACGAAACCGUCGCAUUACAAACAUUUUUUACUCUUCUACUUCUUGCCAUUGAUACAGACAUUCAGGAAAAAGUUUAUGGUGAAAUAAUUGAAGUUUCAAACAUAAAUUAUGACUCACUGACUAAGCUCAGUUACCUUGAAAUGGUAAUUAAAGAGUCGAUGAGAUUAUUGCCGGCAAUACCUCUUGUGGGUCGAGAAACGCAAGAAGAAAUGCAAAUUGGAGAUCUCACGUUUCCAAAAGGCGUCACAUUGCUCAUUCAUUUAUUUAAUUUACAUCGGAGAAAAGACAUUUGGGGCGAGGAUGCGCUCCAAUUUAAUCCUGAUAGAUUUCUACCUGAGAAUGUCGCAAAAAGGCAUUCACAUUCAUUCCUUCCAUUUUCCGAAGGUCUUCGAGAUUGCAUUGGUAAAGUUUAUGCAAUGUUGGCGAUCAAAACAAUUCUUGUGAAAUUUUUAAGUCAUUAUAAAGUUACAACUGACUUGAAGCUCGAAGAUCUAACGUAUAAGGCUGAUAUUACAUUGAAAAUAUGUCAAGAUGCAAAAGUGAAUGUCCAAAGGAGAUAAGACAAAGAUUAGUUUAGUUUAUAAUAGACACUAAGUUUUUACCUUUUGUGUGGUAUUUUUAUGAACAAAUUUAAUUUAAUAAAGUAAUUUUGAUAGAUUUUUUGACUAA